GAAAGAGCGUCUCGUGGAGGAAGUUGCAGAGCUGUGGGGCGGGUCAUUUCUCUGCAGCCCCUCGGCACCAUCAGGGAUCGGCCACUCAGCCAGACUCUGCCGUCUAACCUGCUCUGGCUCCGGCUCUGUUCGGUCAGGACACCCGUUAUAUGGACUGACGGCCGCCCGCUCUGCCUGCCCCUCGCUGCCAGGAUGCAGGGGGCUCUGCGGCCUUCCCUUCUCUUGCUCCUGCUGGUUUUACAGCACAGCGGGCCCGGCAGAGCUGGGGCAGGCGCGAUGGAGCUGAGCCGGAUUGUGGGGGGCUCCGUCACUUUCCCCCUGGGGAGCCCAGCAGAGCAAGUUACAACUGUUGCCUGGACAGUAAACGCAACGAGGAGCAUAGUAACUGUCCAAGCAGGAAACCCCCCCGUAUUCAUUGUGUCCGACCCAUCCUACAAGGGACGCGUGAGAGUCCCCGAGAGCAACUCGCUUCAGAUCACCAGCCUGAGGAUGCAGGACACGGGCACCUACGGAGCUCACAUCAGCACAGCUACUGGCACUUCCAGCAUCCACAGAGCCUUCCUGCUGCGCGUGUACAAGCAAGUACCGGAGCCAACUGUCCUCUGUGACUCAGUGACCUGUGUGACUGAAACCUGUAACUACAACCUGCGCUGCACCGUCGGGGAUGGAGGGGACAAUGUGACCUACAACUGGACUCACACAGCAGGGGGCGAUGUGGUACCCAAUGGGUCCGUUCUGCACAUCUCUCUGCGCCCCCAGGAUGCUCCCCUGAAUGUCACCUGCACAGCCCAGAACCCCGCCAGUAACAGCUCCACAACCGCCUCUGCAACGGGCCUUUGUGCAGGGCCCGGCAGAGCUGGGGCAGGCGCGAUGGAGCUGAGCAGGAUUGUGGGGGGCUCCGUCACUUUCCCCCUGGGGAUCCCAGCACAGCAACUUAUAACUGUUUCCUGGACAGUAAACACAACAAGGAGUAUAGUAAUUGUAAUAGCAGGAAACCCCCCCAAUGUCAUUGUGACCGACCCAUCCUACGAGGGACGCCUGAGAGUCCCUGCCGAGAGCAACUCGCUUCAGAUCACCAGCCUGAGGAUGAAGGACACGGGCACCUACGGAGCUGAAAUCAGCACAGUUACAGGCACCAUCCACAGACCCUUCCUGCUGCGCGUGUACAAGCAGGUACCGGAGCCAAUUAUCCUCUGUGACUCAGUGACCUGUGUGACUGAAACCUGUAACUACAACCUGCGCUGCACCAUCGGGGAUGGAGGGGACAAUGUGACCUACAGCUGGACCCACACAGCAGGGGGCGCUGUGGUACCCAACGGGUCCACUCUGCACGUAUCUCAGAAACCCCUGGCCGUCACCUGCACAGCCCAGAACCCCGUCAGUAACAGCUCCACAACCGCCUCUGCAAAGAGCCUUUGUGCAGCUCCCCCACCAGCCCCGGCCUCCUCGCUGUCCUACUGCCACCUCAAGGGGAUCGUCCUGCUGCUGGUGCUGGGAGCCCUGAGCGCCGGGAUCAUCGCGGUGCACGUCCUCCCCGGCAGGGAGCGGAGACGGGACUGAGAGCAGAGGAGCUGCCACUGCGCCUGCCAAUCCCGCCUGGGCGUUCCCAGCCCCCCAGCCCGAGGAUGCUCCGGGGGCCGCUCGCUCGCAGCUUCUGACGGGUGAACGUCACUGAGUGGGAGGAGGGGAAGUAUCGGGUCCCUCUGUGGGGCUGGAGAUGUGGUGGAGAAUCCGCCCUGCUCAGUGGCGCCCUCUGGCAGCCGCCGGCAGCACAACAGGUGCAUCUGCCUCAGUUUCCUCCCAUCCACCUUCUGAAAAGACCCCAGUGUCUAUUCGUACCCCUAGCUGGGUUUCAUUUAUUGUCCCAGCGUGUAAACAGUCCCUAGGUGCCCAGCCCACAAUUCACACAAAUCCCCCAACCCAGAGCUCACUGCUCAGUCCCCACGGCUGCUCCAGCGCCUGGUUCUUUCCAGGUUUCUGCACUCCACGGGGUCAUGAUCUUUGUACCUCUGGGGUAACCUUACUACUGGCAUCACACUCGCUGCGGGGUUUCCUUGUGGCCCAGGCUCAGUCACCAUCUACCCCACAAUGCUCAGCACCUCCUGCUCCCACGUGAUCCGGAUUUGUGUCCCUGUCCCAGCUCUGAGCUGCCAGCCAUGGGGAGGCGCCUUCAAUUCCUUUGCGCAGGCCCUUAUGUAGCAGAGAAUCUAGAGAUCCUCUGCUCCCAGGGGAUCUCAGCCCCCCCGGGAGGCAGGGCCAGAUUCCCAUUCAUGCCAAGCCUCCGUUGUGACGGGUUGGGUCACAGAGACCCCCUUGGGACUGUCAGCUGAUGUACCGAGACUACCUCCGAGCCCGUUUCCCCUGCCAGCCUGGGACUUCAGUACCCUGCCUGGUCGAGCCAGACACACUAGCCUGCUGCAAACACAGACCCAGGUCUGAC